AUGUUCUCUAAGGUUUUCCUGUGCUGCUUCUUCGCCUUCGCGGCUUCCCAGAUUGUUGUGCACAGCCCACCCCAACCCUACAGCUUCGGCUACGACAACACCGACGAGUUCAGAACCCGCAUGACCCGCCAGGAGACCGGUGAUGAGUUCAACAACAAGGUCGGCUCGUACAGCUACGUCGACGCUCUCGGCGUCGCCCGUACAGUCAACUACGUCGCCGACGCCGCUGGCUUCCGCGUCAAUGUCGAUACCAACGAGCCAGGAACCAAGACUUCCGCCCCAGCCCAUGCUCAGUUCCUUUCAUCAGCUGUCGAUGGCCCACACCCAGUCCCAGUAAACGCCGUCCAUGCUGCUCCAGUUGCCGUCCGCGCAGUCCACGGAACCCCAGUGGUCCACGCAGCUCCCUUCGCCUACGCUCGGCACGCUGCUCCACUCGCCUACAACUUCGCCCAUGCCAGGCUUGUUUAA